GCGGGAAUCAUUCAUCGAUUCUGCUGCUACGCGGACAUCGCCCGGUGGUGAUUCGGCGGGAUCGUCGUGGCCGGGUUAUAUCUCCGGACCUGGUGAAAACGCAGCAGGUUGCUGGCCUAGCAGCAUCCCGCAAGAAUAUGCCCAUCCAUCCACCCUUCCAUCGUUCCUCUUCCCAUCUAUUUAUGGUGUCUAUCAUCCCUUCGUUCAUCUAUCGAUCUGGUCUUGUGCGUUCUUGUUCGCCGUCGCAGCUGCCAAACUACGUGCAGGAGGCCAUCGCGCUCGGCAAAUAAGCCAAUUUUCGUUCGUCUGCCAGCAGCUAGUUACUGCUGACGUAGCCUUAUAUUGAUCCACUCGCUCUCUCGUUCAUUCCUCACGCCUUCUAUCUCUUCCAUUCCCCCAGUGUCUUCGUGUGUCUGCCCUUGUGUGCUACGUUUUGCUGUGGCUCCCCCUCUUUGCCGUCGCUAUUCCCAUUUCCUCUGCUUCCAGGUUGGAUGUGAGUGUCGGUCUCUUCACUCUCUCGUUGUUAGUCAUCUGUCACGCGCGGAUGCAGGACAAGCUGUACGUUUUCUUGCUAGACGACGGCCUGUCCGUUGUUAUGUUUGCUGCGGCUCCCCGUCCUCUUUUCGGCCGAUAUUCCCACUUCCUGCGCUUCCAGGUUGGCUGUGAGUGUUGGUCUCUUCCCUCUCCUUAGUCAUCGAUCACGCGCGCAUGCAGGACAGGUCACACACGUUUUCUCGGUAGACGACAAGAUCGAGAAGGCAAGGCGCCACCACGUUGACCCUCGUAGUUCGCGCUUCGGCGCGCAGCUCACGGACGGCGCCUGCCAUGGCGGCGGCAUGCCUGCGCUUGGCCUCAUUCCCGCCCUGCUUGACAGAUGCUACGUCGGUGGCGACCAGGUUGAGCAGCAGCGGCGGCAGCAGUGGCAGCAGUGGCAGCGGCAGCGUGCCUUCGGCGGUCAGGAAGGAAUCCGCACCUAACCAAGUGGCUUUCGCCAAGUGCUCUCGAAAUUUGACGCGUGGCAUGACUUCGUGGGGACCACUCAGGGCACUGCUUGACGGCCAUGGAUUUCAGCUAGACGCCAAAGCCGACGUCAUUGAGGCGGGAUCGUUCUCUAAUGGAGUUAAUUGGAGCAAGUUAGGACUAUGGAGGUGGAAGCUUCCAGCAGCCGCUGGAGUGGGCUCUGCUGUGCUGGCGGGAGAUGACAGCAUCGCCGAUGAGGAAGUGAUUGGUCCGCUGUUGUAAUUUGUCUCUCUGUAUCACACAUUUCUUUUUACUUUGGAUGAAAUAAACCAUCACUGCCCUCUUGCAAUUUGAUCAG